AGUGAAGCCAAUCGGUUUGUUUUACGGAGCCUACGCGAAGGGUUGAGCGCGUUCGCCGGUAGACAUCGCGGUUUCGGUUUUGAUCUUAAGCUGCUGACGAAAUGAUUCCUGGUGCAAUCUGUCAGACGCGUCUCGCCCUACGACCGGUGUUCUCAACAAUACUCAGGGGCCAGCCACUUAAGUGCAUCCCGGUCGCCGUUGCUCCUUCCCUUCAGACAAGUCAGUUCCAUACGUCCUUGGUGCGGCGGGACAUUGAUCAGGCCGCCAAGUACAUUGGGGCCGGUGCGGCUACAGUUGGUGCUGCUGGUUCUGGUGCUGGGAUCGGUUCUGUGUUUGGGAAUCUCGUGAUUGGUUAUGCUCGGAAUCCCGGCCUAAAACAGCAGCUGUUCUCCUACGCAAUCCUGGGUUUCGCCCUGAGCGAAGCUAUGGGUCUUUUCUGCUUGAUGAUGGCGUUCCUCAUCCUAUAUGCAUUCUAACUAGAGACAAUCGUUAGGUCUUUUUGCCGCUACAUCUCUGACCCUCGAUCUGAACCGGCCUGUGAUGGUGAAAAAUAGCGCAUUUGUAACAAUAGUUCGACGCACGCAACAUUGUGAAAUAUACCCUAUUGUAGCAUUGAAU